AUGUCGCUGGGAACGAAGCAGCCCGACCAAUCGACGCCGGGAAGGACGUCUCUGGCCGAAAGCGCAAGGGAAAAUCUGUGGAACCUCGCGGGACUCAAGGAUCGCAGACCCAAGGCCACGAAGGACGAGGGCAAGGGACGCAAGCGCCGCAGCGGAAGCACGGAAGGGUUACUCCGGCAACUGAAUCAGUCGAUGGAGAAUGACGAACCUGUAACGCAUCUUGAUUGA